UUUAUUAUUCUUUUCUUUUUUUGUUCUUUGGAGUGGGAGUGUAUGUGUGUAUGUUGAUUUACACUCUGUUUGGUUGCUAAGAAAACAAAGGAAAAUGUGGGGUGUCUUAUUUUUGUGUUGUUUCGGUUUGGGGAGUUUGAAAUUAAGGGCUCUUCUAAUGAUGCAAAAUACAGAAGUCUGGCAUUUCAUUCAUGUGAGCUAUAGCGUUGCUGGUGAUAUCAAAUACCAGACCUUUAAGUGACCUUCUGUUACUUUUUAAGCCCUUGGCAAUGAGGAGUUCACCAUCUUUGGCUUAGUUUUUGUUUGUAGUCAGUGUCAAGAUACGUGCUAAGAUGAAGACACAUACACAUUUAAAAGCCAAAGGCACGACUAGGGUAAGCACCCAGCAGGUUAUUUUUGAGCUUAAACAUCGGGUGGUACUAGCUUUAAAUAAGCUUGCAGACAGGGAUACUUACCAAAUUGGGGUUGAUGAGCUUGAAAAAAUGGUUGAGUGUUUAACUCCUGAGGGUGUUGCCCCAUUUCUGUCUUGCAUAUUGGAUACUGAUUCUGAGCUGAAGAGUGCAGUCCGAAAAGAAUGUAUCCGAAUGAUGGGUAUGCUUGCAAGCUUCCAUGGGGGUAUUAUUGGGCCACAUCUUGGGAAAAUGAUGGCUAGUAUCGUUAAGCGGCUCAAGGACUCAGACUCCGUUGUGAGGGAUGCUUGUGUGGAAACAGUAGGCAUGUUGGCUUCAAAAUUAAGCAAUGGUGAGGGUGAAAGUGAUGCAGUCUUUGUGACGUUAGUGAAGCCUCUUUUUGAGGCCCUGGGGGAACAAAACAAGCAGGUGCAGUCAGGUUCAGCAUUGUGUUUGGCUAGGAUCAUUGACAAUACCAAUGAUCCUCCAAUUUCAAUCCUGCAGCGGAUGUUGACUCGAAUAAUUAAGUUGCUUAAAAACCCACAUUUUAUGGCAAAACCAGCCGUCAUUGAGUUAAACAGAAGUAUUAUUCAGGCUGGAGGUGCUCCAACACAAAAUGUUUUAUCUGCUGCAAUUACAAGCAUCCAAGAGGCUUUAAAAAACAGUGACUGGACAACACGCAAAGCUGCUUCUGUAGCACUAGGGGAAAUUGUUUCAAGUGGUGGAUCAUUCUUGGGAUCUUUCAAGACUUCCUGCAUUCGUUCUCUUGAAUCAUGUCGUUUUGACAAGGUGAAACCAGUUAGGGACACGGUACUGCAUGCCCUACAGUACUGGAGAAGUCUUCCAGGGCCUGAUACUCCUGAACCUUCAGAAGCUGGAUCUUCUAUCAAAGAAAACUUCUGUGGAGGUGACUACAGUGAUCUCACUAGUGCCAGCGACUCUGGAUGGAAAGAUGCCAUGCUAAAGAAAGUUGCUACUGACACAAUCAAGAUGAGAAGGAUUCCUCUGUCUGUCAGAAAAACAUGUCAAAAUUAUGUGGAAAACCCACAACAUUCCAAAGCAAAUGAUUGGAAUAUUGAAAUUGCUGUUUCAAAGCCCCAUAAUGUUUCUUUAACUGAUGUUCAUAAUGAAGAGUCUGAGGGCAGUUCUGUUACUAAGACAUUAGAAAGAACAAGUGCUGAUGUUAAAAGUAUGCAAGAUAUAGGGUAUGAAUAUGGGACCAUAAAUGACAAACAAGAGUGUUCUUCUGCGUCCAAUGUUGUUGAUAAUUUUGAGACAAAAUUUGUCACAGUUUCUGAUGACUUUGAGGGUGGUAGAAACCUGAUGGGAACAAAUCAGCGGUUUAAAGCUGAAGAGAUUAGCAGUGAAGAACAAAUAUUCUUGGCAAAGGUGCAGGAUCGUAGGAGUCUUGAUUCUACAGUCACUGAGCUGAGUUCGCAACCAGUGCGUGGAUGUUGUUUGCAAACAGCCAAUGAAAUGGUUUCCAUUCGAAAGCAGCUUUUGGAGAUUGAAAACAAGCAGUCAAGCUUGAUGGAUCUUUUACAGGUGUUUACAACCAGAACGAUGGAUAGCUUGUCUAUGAUACAAUCAAAAGUGCUGGGUCUAGAACAUGUUGUAGACAGAUUAGCACAAGACCUUGUCCAUGGGGUGAAAUAUUCUGAUCUGGCAGGCACCAAGCUUUUGAGGAAGGGCCAAAAUGUUGCUUCUCCUAGGCUCUCUACGUGCACUCCCAGACCAUCUAUAGAUUUGCCUAAUAAACAAGCUACAUUAACAUCUAUGAAAAAUACAGAGAUUUGGGAAGAAAGAACAUUUUCCAGGAGCAGAUCAAGCAAUUCUGCCAAACAAGAUAUGGAGAUAUGGACAGAUACUACAGCAAAGAUAAACAGAAAUUCUGUUCGGAAGGGCAUCCAGAAUAACUCUGUGAAAGGAACACAGAACAUGGCAAGCAUUCAAACAAGAAAAACUGAUGCUGUCUUUUUGCCAGCUUCUAUUGGUAACACCAAGCAAAAUGGUUCAGAAUGCAAAAAUAGCCUGUGGCAUUGUGUGAAAGGUUUCCUAUGUGAAGGGGACAUAGAGUCUGCAUAUGUGGAAGCUCUCUGUUCUGGUGAUGAACUUGUUCUGGUUGAGCUUCUUGAUAGAACUGGCCCUGUUCUGGAAUGUUUAUCGCACAAAACUGUCAAUGAUAUUCUGUGUGUUUUGGCAUCUUACUUCCUUGAACAAAGAUUUAUGAACUCUGUAAUCCCUUGGUUGCAACAGGUGGUGGACCUAAGUACUAUCCAUGGGCCAAAUUACCUUGUUCUCUCUGCAAAAGCAAGGCGAGAAUUCCUGUCUGCAGUUGAGGAGGCUGUUAACAUGGAAUUUCCUAAUCCUGCUGAGAGAAGAUCUGUCACACAGCUAGCUAUGAAACUGCACCAACUUUGGGGAAAAUGCUCUAGAUGAUCAGAUGAAAUGAACAUGGUGGUCACAACACGUGAGGAUUUGCAGAUUGCUUAUAGGAACUCAUUGCUCUUACAUUGAUGAUAUGAAGGGGGAUUGUAGUUAAACAUCAUGGGCUUCAUGUUUAUCAUCUUGAGAAUGGUUCUACAUAUAAGUUGCGGUGAACUAGUGUUAAAAACUCUUUUACUUUUCAAAGUAAUGUCAGUAACAAUGAGAUUCCCUUUC